UCCCGAAUCUCGGUGUGGCCGCGGCGCCGAGGGGAGGCGAGAAAUGUCGUCCUCCGUCUCCGCCGCCGUUCUCCGCCGCCUCGGCGACCGGCUCGGCCUCCGCCGACUCGCGACGCUCCCCGACUACGCGGCCGGCGCCGAGGAGCUUCCGCAGCACCCCACCUCCAAGGACGCCUACUUCGCGGCGGUCAACCACCUCUCCACCAUCGUACGGCGCGACUUCUACCUGGAGCGCACCCUGAACCGCCUCCGCCUGCCGUCCCCCUUCCCGCCGGACCUCGCGCUCCGCGUCAUCCGCGCCGCUGCCCCCUCCGAGCCCCUCCACGCCGCCCGCUUCCUAGCGUGGCUCCGGGCGAAGCCCAAUUUCUCCCCCUCCGCCGAUCACUUCGACGCGCUGCUCCUCCCGCUCGCCCGCGCGCGCCUCUUCACCCACCUCUGGACCCAGGCCUCCGACAUGCGCGCGCUCGGCCUCCCCCUCUCUCCGGCAACCUUCUCGGCGGUUAUCUCGUCCUACGGCCACUCCCGCCUCGCCGAGCAGGCCGUCGAGGUCUUCAAUCGCCUUCCCCACUUCGGGUGCCCGCAGACCACCGAGGUCUACAACGCCCUUCUGGACGCGCUCUGCGCCAACGGCAACUUCGCCGGCGCCUACAAGCUGCUACGCCGCAUGGCGCGCAAGGGCGUGGCCCCCGACCGCGCCACGUUCAGCACGCUCGUCGACGCCUGGUGCGCGUCGGGGAAGCUCCGGGAGGCGCAGGCGUUCCUCGACGACAUGUCGUCCCGCGGGUUCCGGCCGCCGGUGCGCGGUCGGGACCUCCUCGUCGACGGGCUCGUCCGAGCUGGGCGCCUGGAGGAAGCCAAGGCAUUCGCCCUCCGCAUCACCAAGGAGGGCGUCCUCCCCGACGUGGCCACAUUCAACUCGCUCGCCCAGGCGCUUUGCGAUGCAGGUGAUGUGGAAUUCGCCGUGGGUCUUCUUGCCGAUGCUUCCAGUCGUGGCAUGUGCCCAGAUAUCUCAACUUACAAAGUGAUGCUACCGGCGGUGGCCAAGGCUGGCCGAAUUGAGGAGGCAUUCAGAUUGUUCUAUGCAGCUAUUGAGGAUGGCCACCGGCCCUUCCCAAGUCUAUAUGCGGCGAUCGUCAAGGCGCUCUGCAAGGCAGGUCGUUUCGCUGAUGCUUUCGCCUUUUUUGGUGAUAUGAAGUCCAAGGGGCACCCACCUAAUCGGCCUGUGUAUGUGAUGCUUGUCAAAAUGUGUGUGAGGGGUGGUCGGUUCUUGGAUGCUGCAAACUACCUUCUUGAGAUGAAUGAGGCUGGGUUCGCGCCACGGGCGCCAACCUUUAACGUUGUAGUUGAUGGGCUGCGGCAUCUUGGGAAACAUGACCUAGCCCGGAGGAUGGAGCAGCUUGAGAUGUCACUAAAAGGAAACUGAAUGGAUCCGGAAGUAGAUGCAUUCUGGUGGGGCGCUGCGAAUUGCUUGUGUUUCAACUUUACUUUGCCCUUCGUGAGCAUCAGAUACUCGAUUGGCAUGCAGAAUUGGACUAGCCUUACAGUGUCCUAAUACCUUCUACAAGGAACCAUCCGGGUGCACCCAACGAGAUCAAAGCUGAAUGAACCUAUGUUGUUACAUCAUGUGGCCAGAAUAGCCGGGCAUGCGGUGGCUCGACGUUCACAAGCUGAUUACAGGCUAUUGUAUCUCCUGAACAUACUACUGCAGAACUCAAGAAUUUCCCAGUGAUUUGGGGAAGGAAUUUGCCUCCCGUUCGAUGGCCUGCCUUCUGUCGACAAACUACUGUCACGGCGGUGUUAGUAAGCGUACGGGCACGACUGCAAAAGGGGGGAAUGCAGAAAUGUUUUGAAAUCAGGAGGUCAGCUAUGAUCCUAUGACUGAUCACACCGCUGAGGAACGCAAAUUCGAGAAGCUGAGGGAGGGGGUUGAUGAUGAGAUACAGCAUUGUCUUGCAUUUCAUAGACUCGGAAUUGAUUAUUUUUUUCUUGUGAAAAAACAUUGCUUAAUGUGAAUGUUGCAAUGAACUGAUAUACCUUGUCUUUUUUCCCGACCGAAGGUCUUUUGAAGAUGUACACAUUGUUCAACUUUCAGUGAUGGAAAUUGUGGGGAAAUUCAGUUGAU